AUGACGCUCUAUCUCUUGAAUCAAUGGAAGAAUCAACCGGGUGGAGCUCAAAACGCAAGUGCAUUUUUGCUUGCUUUGAAAAGUGAGCAUUCAUCGAUGCGCGAAAAGGAACUGAUCAUUGAGGUAUUAGAUGACUGGGAUGUUCUGACACCAACUUGGUUUGAAGUGGCCGACUAUCUGAGCGUCAUCGAAGGACUUCAUGAGGAUGAACAUUUUAAACAGCGUUAUCUUGCUGCUCUUCUAGCUUCCAAGGUCGCUUUUUGUUUGGGAGACUAUAACGGUGCCUUGCAACUUGCUUUAGCCGCUGAAGAUAAGUUCCAGCUCACACCGCGGUCGCCUUCAAUUCUUGUUGGCUCACAAGAUGAGCAGGUAUGA